AUUUAUUGUCAUUAAAAAUAAAUAACAUGUAAAUAAAAACAAUUGUUUGAUGAAAUGUGGCGAGCGGAAAAUUUCUGUUUUUGUAUGAAACUGCGAAUUGGAUGCACAGUUAUAGCGUUUUUCACGCUUUUCCUCUGCGCCGCACACCUGGUGGAGUUUUUUCGAUUGAAGGAUCCUUAUAGCUUUGCUCAGGCGUCGGACUGGUUUAAUCUUCUUUGGGGACUAUUCCAUAUGCUGGCAUCUCUGUGUUUAUCUUACUCCGUGCUGGUGGGGUCUCUCCUACCCAUCUGGAGUUACAUAAUUAUCGAGGCAUCUUACUUGAUCUUCAUAAUCAUUUAUGCCUCAAUAACUUGUGCACUGAAAAUAAAUACGUAUGCGAACUAUGGACAAACGUACUCGAUCCUUUACUGGAUUUUAAUAAUCUUUAUUUGUGUGAUAACGACCUACUUCUUUUGGAUAGUCAUAUCGUGUUAUUUCCUAAUAAAGCAACAACGCCUGCAAGGAAGUUUAAAAUUAUAGCAAAAUUUAUAAAAUAAAUAAAUUUCCAGCAUAAAUAACGCUAAAUUUAUCGAAUAAAGUCAAUGAAAAUACAA